CGAUUUGAGUUAUCCACUGUACAAAACGGAAAGGCAUACGCGCUCUCCUCUUCGGCCCACUCCGGCUCCGGCGCCGGUGCCGGAGAUUUUCCGCCGUCGAGAGACUGCCGUUUCCUUGAACGAGAAAGCGACCCGUUAACGUUUCUGGGCUCGAAUUCUGUUUUGCUUCCUGGGCUCUAAAACCCUGAUUUCUGGGCUUUCUUUAAGGGGUUUGCUUCAAUCGUGGUUUUGUAAAGAUCGCAGCUUUUCGAGUUCUCGUUGGCGUUUUCCAUUCCCCGUAUCGCAUCGAUUCAAAACAAACGGUGCGAGGAUAGUCAUCACGAAGAUGCGCGGCGGCGCGGCGGUGUACGGACGGCCACGCGCCACGUCUCGGUUACUUGAGAUCGGCAGAACCAUAGCCAGAUCCUUGUGCUAUUCAUCUUCGUCAUCUGACCAUGAGAGUUUCAUAAGGGACAUAGCUAAAACUGAGCCUCCUAUGCAUCUGGUCCAGCUGCUGAACAUGUCCAAAGCCAAAGGUGGAUCCAUAGUUUCUCCUGGAGCCAAGCACGGUUUGUUACCUCUUACCAUUCCAUUGGCGAGGAGCAGUUCAGGGGCUUUGAUUGCAUUACUACGGUGGCCAACAGCACCUCCUACCAUGGAGAUGCCUGUGGUGGAGGUUCAGAAACACGGGGUUUUGUUUUUAGCCAAGAAUGUUGAUCAGUUCAUUCAUCGAAUUUUGGUGGAAGAAGAUACCACUGAUCCUCGUGAUGAGAUCUUUGAUGCCGCUGCUGAUGCCGGGCAGAAACUUUACAGAAAUGGUGAUUUUGCCAGGUCAAGAUUGCCAGAUGUAGAUGCCUAUCUUUUAAGAAAGGUUGGACUGUUCCCGGAUGUUCUGGAGCGCAAAGUUAUGCGGCAUGUUGAGAACGGAGACCAUGUUUCAGCUUUGGUGGCUGCCGAGUUUUACGCAAAGAAGGGAAACUUCCCCGGGUUUGCUCGGCCUUUCGCAUUCAACGCUGAGGUUUUGUUGAAAAUUGGGCGUAGUCUAGAAGCAAAAGACGCAGCUAGGGGUGCCCUGAAAUCCUCGUGGUGGACCUUAGGAUGCGAAUAUGAGAAUGUUGCUCGGAUAGCAGAGUGGGGAAACAAGCAAAUAGAGGAAUACAAGGAGAGAGUCACGGAGGAAGGCAGACAAAGAGACUUAGAAAGGGGAAAGCCAGCAGCUCAGGCUUCUCUGGACAAAGCCGCUUUCUUGCUGGAUUUAGCGUCUCUUGAAGGGAUUUGGGACGAGUCACUUGAGCUCAUUGCGCAGUGCUACAAAGAGGCAGGACUUACCGACAUUGCCAAUUUUGUUUUGUACAGAGAUUGAGAGAUUCAUUCUCCUGAAGUCAGAGCUCAGGUAUCAUCUCCUCUCAUCUACCCCAUAAGCAUCCUGCAAACAAGCCACUAGAACAGAGUACUGAUGUUUUCUUUUCUGGGACUUGGAAGUGAAAUGGAAUGGAACAGUCAUAGUCAUUGCAUUUGAUAUCUAAUCAAGAUUUAC